AUGACGGUCACUACUCUUACCGGGUGUCCGGCAAUAGCACCAGAGAAUGCUCACUCGACUAGAAAAGGGGCCCAAGAGCAAGUUACCGCAUCGAGAAUCUCGACUGUGAUCGUACUGGCAUUGGUAAGCUUAGCCACCGUGGACGCCAUGAAUCCGGGUCUGAGUUCGAACUCUCUCACAUUUCAGGCGAUCAAUUGCCGGAAACACUCGGCGUUGCUGACGGAGUUUGGCGGCGUUGGGGACGGAGUAACUUCAAACACUCACGCGUUCCGGCAAGCAAUUGAACAUCUCAGCACAUUGGCGGCAGAUGGCGGUGCUCAAUUGGUCGUGCCGCCAGGAAAAUGGCUGACCGGAAGUUUUAAUCUGACCAGCCAUUUCACACUUUUUAUCGAUAAAGAAGCUAAACUUCUUGCAUCCCAGAAUGAAUCGGGAUGGCCACGCGUAGAAGUUCUCCCAUCUUAUGGGAGGGGGAGAGAUGCUCCCGGUGGACGGUACAGUAGCCUCAUCUUUGGAACUAAUCUGACGGAUGUAGUUAUCACGGGUAACAACCGUAAGAUCGACGGGCAGGGAUCUUAUUGGUGGGAAAAGUUUCACAAAAAGGAGCUCAAGGUAACACGGCCAUAUAUGAUCGAGAUCAUGUACUCUGAUCAAAUCCACAUUUGGGAUCUUACUUUCAACAACUCCCCUUCUUGGUUCGUUCAUCCUAUCUAUAGCAGAAAUGUGAUUAUCCAAAGGCUCACAAUCCUGGCUCCAGUCACCGAACCUAAUACGGACGGAAUCAAUCCAGAUUCUUGUUCCAACACUCGAAUCGAAGACUGCUACAUUGUCUCCGGUGACGAUUGCAUCGCCAUCAAGAGCGGAUGGGACCAAUACGGUAUCAAGUUCGGAAUGCCAACCGAGGACCUCGUCAUUCGCCGCGUCACUUGUACUUCACCAGAUUCCGCAGCUAUCGCCCUUGGUAGCGAAAUGUCUGGCGGAAUCCGCAACGUUAGGAUCGAAAACAUCGCUGUAAUCAACACACAGGCUGCCGUCAGAAUCAAAACUGCUCGUGGACGAGGCGGUUUCGUCAAGGACAUUUUCGUUCGAAGAAUGUUUCUAACCCGGAUGAAGUACAUCUUUUGGAUGACUAGAGACUAUAAAGCUCAUGCAGAUGACAAGUUCGAUCCCUCAGCGUUGCCAGUGAUUAAGAACAUUAAUUACAAAGAGUUGGUGGCCAUGAAUGUUAGUAUGUCGGCAAAUUUGGCUGGAAUUUCGGGAGAUCCGUUCACAGAUAUAUGUAUUUCGAAUGUGAAGAUUGAAUUGUCGGCGACGCCUAAAAAGUUGCAGUGGAACUGUACGAAUAUUGAGGGAUUUAGUAGCGAUGUGGAUCCGCCACCAUGUGCUCCACUGGCUAAGGCAGCAAAAAGAGGUGGAUGUGGCUUUCCUGAAGAUCAGCUGCCCAUUGAGAAGGUUCAAUUAAAGUCAUGUUCUCUUGAAAUUCCUGUCUUCUAG